AUGUCACUCACGACGACGACCUUCGUAAGCCACAGCUCGGGCGUCAACGCCGCGCUGCUGGAGUUGGCGCACAGCCGAAAUACCAUCUACGAGAACACACGCAUGUCAGGCGAGAACCGCACGGCACACCGCAUGCUGCCUGUUGACCGACGUGAAAGCAGCAGCGACGCACUCGAAGACUCGUACGCGCGCAAUAUGGCCAAGUAUUUCGGUGUGAAGGCACCGCCCGCUUGCGGGCGGACUCACAGAAUGCCGUUUUCGCGACAGGAAAAGUUGCUGAAUGAGGCGUUGCUGCUGGUGGCGCACAGCCGACGCUCCAUUUAUGACAAGACGCGCAUCUCGGGCGAGAACCGCAGCGCGCAUCGCAUGCUGCCCACUGAUCGCCAGGCGGAGCGGAGUGACCGCUGCUCGGACGCUAUGGACGCGUCCUACGCCAGCUCCAUGGCCAACUACUUCAUGACCAAGAGUGCCAGUCGACUGUGA